AUGUCGUCAUUCGAAUAUCUCUGCCCAGCUGUUGCUCCAUUCUUCUCAUACCUUGGUAUUGGUAUUGCUCUUGCAUUCACAGGCAUUGGCUCAGGCUACGGCACAGCUAAGUCUGCUAUCGGUGUUUUCGCUGCAUGCGCAAUUCACCCAGAGUUUAUCUACAAAGGCCUUCUUCCAGUCGUUAUGGCUGGUAUUGUCGGUAUCUACGGCUUAGUCGCAGCUGUUAUCAUCAACCCAAAGGUUGCAUCAGAGAAAUUCCAUCUUUUCGAUUCAUACGCUCACCUUGCCGCUGGUAUCUCCGUCGGUCUUUGCGGUCUUGCUUCUGGUAUGUGCAUUGGUGUUGCUGGUGAUGCUGCUUCUCGUGUUAUGGCCGAAAAGCCACAACUUCUUAUGGGUGCUAUGCUCGUUCUCAUUUUCGGAGAAGUUCUUGGUCUUUACGGUUUCAUUGUUGCUUGUAUCCUUUCUAACAAGUCCGACGGCCGUGCUUGCUAUCUCGAUAUUUCCCAAUUAAAUACUACCAAAUAA